AUGGGAAGUGAUUUUGAAGAGACGAUGAAUCACCCAUGUCAUCUUCAGCAUCCAAUAAUACUGAAAAGCGAAGGAGCUCCAUUCCAAUGCAGCGGCUGCAAGGAACUAGGGUUUGGCCCAAGGUACCAGUGCCACGAAACUGAUUGUCCCUUCGUCCUUCACUACCACUGUGCCACGGUUCGCCCCACCGACCGCCCAAGAAUCCACCUGUUUAUGGGGAACCGCCGGUUUGACUUCCUCUGGGAACCGCCGGGCGGACCGAACCGCCGAUAUUGCGACGCUUGCGGGCAAGACGUCCGAGGGUUUCUGUAUCAAGACCAAUAUUCCAAACACAAUUUUGAUUUGCAUCCUUGUUGCAUGAACCUAAAGAGAACCAUAUCUGAUCCUAACGGCACUGUGGAGCUGAAUCUAAAAGACAAAGUGCCCUCUAAAUGUGUGAAAUGCAAGAGGAAGGGUCUAAAUAACGUUCAGAGCAAGGAGGCUUUCAGAGGGUGGUCCUAUGUGUCGUCUUGUGGAAACUAUUGCUACCAUGUUUAUUGUGUGAAGACUUUGAUCCUGGAGAACUAG